CUCCAACGUACAAGUCUUGCAGCAGGAGCAACAACCAAUAUGUCGCGCAUUGACGGCUCAAGCACAAACGAUUACAAUCGAGGAGAGCCCUUCCGUGUGGAUAAAUAUGCAAGAUUCAAAGCUAAAAAGCGCGAUGCAGGACGAGACGAACGGAGGAAGAAUGGCAAAAGCCGUGCCAAAGCAGCGAACACAGGAAUAACCCCUUUGAAACGUCGUAUACGCAGUUUGAGCCGCCUAUUAAGCAACAACCCAAAAAUACCCGCAGACGUGAAGAUCUCUCAUGAACGAGAGAUCCAGUCAUUGCAGCAUGAGCUAGUGAAUGUGCUACUGGACAAAGAGAAGCAUGAGAUGAUUGGCAAAUAUCACAAGGUGCGCUUCUUCGAACGACAAAGGGCUACUCGGCGCCUUAAAAAGGCGAUGAAGGCGCUGGAAGCAUGUGAAGAUGCCAAAGAUCGUCCAGAGCUCGAAAGAAAGGUACACAUUGCUCAAGUCGAUGUGAAUUACCCACAAUAUUACCCUUAUAUGAAGGUAUAUCAGUCACUAUGGAAGCGUGAAACGACUGAGGACGGAGAAGAGCAAUAUACAGCAAAUAACGAGCAAGAAGACGGGGCAAAGGGAAACAUUGAAGUGUGGCGACAAGUUGAGAAGGCCAUGGAAGAUGGCACAUUAGAGGGCCUGAAAGACAUUGUUGAAGAGAGCAAGAUUGCAAAGAUUCGGAACACUGUCGUGUCCUUUGGAUAUACGUCGAAGGGUAGUGCGAAGUCCAAGGACAAUAAAAACGAGACUUGCGAUGGUGAUGAACAAGACGAAACAGGUGCCGGAUUUUUCGAAUGAGCGAGAAGGGAACAUCACGAUCAGGUAAAUUUCAGGAUCCCGAAGUCACACAUUCAAGCUAGCGAAAGCCAAGGUGCCAUAUGAUUGAAUUGGGAAGAACAAUUUUGCGCGGCCUUAGUGAUAGAGCAAGCUGGUGCGCAUUAGUCCUCCUUCUAACAUGACAGCAUGGCCAACUGUGCACAACAUAGCAUGUCAGUUGAAGAUAUCCAGGUGACUUAAAGACAACGUUGGGGAAGGAUCGGCGGUCAAGGCAGCUCAACUCUAUCAACACGGCCGAAGUCCUUAUUAUGGAUGUCGAGGUGCUUGUUCGCGUCCUGUUCGUUUAUUCAUGAUCGAGGCAGGAGGUCCUUAUUCGGCCUACUCGCUCUCUGAUUGCCAGCAAUAGCACCAGUUAACCUCCGUGGUUGUUUGGUAGACAUAACUGAGAAUGCGAAUGCGUUACCUAUAACCUGACCUCAGCCUUUGGCGUCUAGGUGAAAAUGAAUCGAAAGUUGCGGCUCUCAUCGGGUAGCGAUUGCUCUCAAACUCAAGUCAAUCACCUGAUCAUGGGGCCUGCUGCAGUCACUCUCAACCACUUCGAUGUCGUCAGUUGGCAAAAUUUCAUCCUUCGCUCUUUCUUCAUUCCGCCGCUCUCAACAGGCUGUCAAAAUUACACGAAACGAUCGGUCUUUGCUGCUUGAAAGGAACAAUACACGUCCCUCUGCGUUUGUCAAUUAGAAGGAUGUUCAUCUCAUUCUUCAUCUCUCUGCCAGCUGCUCUUUUGCAGUCGGUCAUCGCAUCGUGUUUGUGCUCUGGUGCCUCCUUUGCCUCUCAUGCUGUUCAAGCUACCAAGCGUCAGACUGCACCAGGGCAGGACGCCAAGUACAUCGGAUGGUGCGUCGAGCAUGACGAUGGUGCCAUCUGCUACGAGGUCCCUAUGCGCAAUGGCGACUGCCAAAACAUGGACUAUUUCGAGCACGAGAAAUUCACGAUUCAGAAUCCCCCAGAUAAUGCAACCCACUGCGACGUAUGGUUUCAGGACAACUGUAUCGGUGGUAGUUGGGGCUGCACUGGCGUUUGCUACCUAGAUAAUUUCAACACGUUUGGCCAAGUCAUGUCUGCACGUUGUCAAUGGUCUAUCGGACAACAAGACUCGGCUAAAGUCAACCAUUUUUCAGAACGGGCUGAGUACAUGACUCAGGAUACAAAAAGCUUCACCUUUUGUGAUGGCCCAACCGACCACAAUUGUUUCUCUAUCGAACUUGAACAAAGGAUGUGCACAGUUCUAACUAGCUUAGCGCACGGCAAACUUACACGUCUGAUAAUGCCUGAUGGUCAAGAUCACUGCAGCAUGUACCUGGAUGAUGGAUGCCAUGGCAUUAGCUGGGGCUGUGAUAGCUCAAUCGAUCGGAACUGCUUAUUCGAUGACAUAACCGGCGAGGUGUUGUCGGUCUCAUGCUCCUGGACUGCUAGUUGAAGUAACAGCUUUGUCAUGCCGAAACUUGAAUAUCUGCUUUUCCAGAAGGCGUCAAAGUCUGAACAUCUCACUGUCUGAUGCUUGUCAGUCAAGUCAAGAAUUACACUGGUGGAGGGUACGGCAUUAUGUGGAAAUAGAGCAAUGAGACAUGCUUGCAGAGGAACCAGACUGAGAAGAUUGCUGUUCGGAGGGCGGGCAAUUUGCCUGCUUCUGAAGCUUUCAAAACUCAGAGAAGUGAAGAUGCAGUAGUUUUAGGUGAUACAGGUAGCUCACUUUCUGGUCCUGUACUCGAGAAUUUGUACUUCAAUUUCAAUUUAAAGUGAGCGAUGUCCUCCGGA